UUCUAGUCAGCCAUCUUUGCAUUGCACGUAGGCGUGGGCGGAUGCUAGACUUACAUAAUGGCUCCGCCCACAUGUGAGCCGACCAACUGCUUGACUGAAAAUGAAUCGCGGUGAAGACAUGACUUUUGUACCUCUAGACAAGUUUCCUGGCCAACGCCAACAUUGCAAUCUAGAGACACAAAUCUGCAACAUUUGUGGACCUAAUGAAGACGGUCGAGUUGUAGUCUCCCUUGUCCACCAAGGAGUGCAGACCGAUGCAGCAGUGCAAGAAGUAACCGUACCCGAUGGAGUGUUGCAAGACAUCGCAGACGAUACGCGACAUCUCGGGCGUUUCUUGAAGAAACAUUGGAAAGUUGCGUUGACGCUGUUUUUCAAGCGCUGUGGUAUCCGAUUACUGUGGCUUGCUUAUUGGUUCUCACGUUUGUGCACGACGUUUUGGAUUCUGGAAGCAGCGGCUAUGCUGUGCGCGCUUUCAGUCAACGUUGUCGUUCAGUUUGUUAUUGGCAUGUUCGUACCUGUUGCUAAACAGGACGAGAAAAUCAACGAAGAUAUUGUGUAUACGGCCAGCUUCUUUUUUCUUGUUGCUCUACUGUAUCCGAUUUUGUCUCUUAUUCCCUCCGUAUUUUCAUUGGUAUUAGAGGUGUGGGAUCAUCAAGAGUUGCCAUCCACCAGACUCAUGUGUGUUUAUAUUCACCAGAGUUUAGAUAAAGCAAUGGAGCACAAGAACAGGGAGUUUGACCCUGUUUCGAAGGCAAUACGAAUUGUCAAGGCUUUUCUGGUGUUCUUUAUUCUCAUCAUUUCUGCAGCGGUUCAGCAGAGCCAAUUGCUGGAGUUGUUCUUUACUAUUGGUCUUGUCAUUGGUAUUACUUUAUGGUGUGCUUGGAUUCUGUUACGACUGGUGAUGCAGGGUGUUGCUCUGUGGAGAGGGAACGUUUCAUUUCCUACAACUGCUGUGUUUGUUGCCAUGCAAUACUACAAGAGUCAGACAGCUGGGAUUGUUAAUUUUGUGCAGAAAGCAGCAGUGAGUCCAAGACGUAAGUUGCACAUGUAUGUUUUAGGUGUAUUCUUCUCGUGUCAUUUGGUAAUUUCUCUAUUUGUAAUUGGCUUUGCUCUUCGUGAGCUCAAUGCAUCAGGUGAAACCACAUUUGGUGCAAUCUGCCUACUCAUACUUGGUCUAGCAUACACCUACUACAACAUAUUCUCAUCAAAUGACCCACAGUCAACUGUUCUGCCUCAGGAAAAGUAUGGUAUAAAGCGUUUCAAAAAGAAACUAACGUGUCUUUGUCUUCGUCCUCCAACUCCCAACAGAGUUGCAGACAGCUGUAUUGUUGUUGCUAUAACUAUGAUUCUGUUGAUAAUAAUUAUGGCAAUUGCUGGUGAGUUUGUUCGACAGGCCCAAGAGCCAAAAUGUGAUGGUUUCAAAGUCACCAAUAUCUCAGAGCCAAACAGAAAUAGGCGAAAUGCAGACAGUGGUGACUUGACACUGUAUGAUAUCUGUUCACAAAGAUGGUUUGGGCUAACAGCAGUGGAUGUGGUACUUUUAGCAGAUAUCUCAUACAAGGAGUACGAUACAAAGAGCAGCAGUGGCGAGUGCUCUGUUGAAGCUCACCAAUUUAUUGCCAAAUAUUUCCCACAGCCAAUAUGGGACUGGGAAAUUAUAGGAGCCCCUGCUCCAGGAGAGCUUGUUGGAUUCCUUGUCCUUCAUAGCCAUAGACUCAAUGUGACAGUGAUUAGUGUGAGAGGCACUCGAUUUUCUCAUUUGACAGACCUUAUGCAAGAUGCUGAUCUUUACACAGAAGUAGCUACUCUGCAGUUUUUUUCACUGUUUAUCCCAAUCACUACCCUAUUACCUUUGGAAACAGUGGCAGAUAUUAUCUAUUUUUCAUCUGUUGUUGAAAGAGUAUUUCGAGCUCAUCGAUCUAGCAGUUACCAUACUAUACUUAGUGACCAUAUAAAAAACAAGAUGGAAGAGUAUGGGAACCGAAUAAUCAUAACUGGUCAUUCUCUGGGUGGCAGCUUGGGGAAGAUUUCUGGUGCAACACUGAACAUCCGAGCAAUUUCAAUUAAUGGUCCAGGGCUGUUGUAUUCUCAUGAGAAAUUUGGAUUAUUACGGUCAAAAAUUGAUACAACGGCUGUCAAUAUUGUUGCCAAGGGUGAUCUUGUGUCUGAGAUUGACCGAUUAGGUGGAACAACAUAUCGACUUGGAUGCUCUUCUGGCAGUCCAAUCAGUUGUCAUCGUCUGACAGCCGUGGCUUGUGAAAUACAAGAGAAAUGUCAAUUUCAUGAGGGUGGCAGAUUUAUCACUUGUUAGAAUUUGUCUUAUGAUAUGAACUAAAUGUAUUUGUAUGACUAAAGGCCUGUCCACACUGGCAACUGGAUCGCGAUCCAACCGCAACGCUGUCCACACUUGCAACUCCAUCGCGAUCCGUCCGAUCCACAUCGCGAGGUCGCGAUCCGAUCGCGAUCGGUUGAAUCCAAUUAGAAAUAGUGGGCGUUACCUUCACGUACGCUACGCGUGUAGUUGGAACAUCUAGCACUCCUCACUCGUCUUUGUUCUCGCUCAUCUUACGUCGCUGUAUCAACGCUUUCUACAAGCAAAGAAACCACACAUACACAUCGGUUAUCAGUCACGUGAUAGCGAAAUGAGGCGGAGGUAUCGUUUUCAAAUUGCAGUGUCGACGCUCGCUAUCGCGAUCCAUUCUGGUCUAGUGUGGAUAGCAAUAACUCGGAUCAAUGGUACAAUACGCAUCCCCAGCUAAAUGGGGUGCGUAUUCUUCUAGCCUCUAAUACAAAGCGCACCCUAGCUAAAAGCUAUUUACAUACCAGCAAACAAAAGUGAUACAAUAUAUCCCGUACACGCCUACUUUAUGAAACAUACACCCUUAUCCGGGAUAAUAAGCAAUUCUGCAGAUUGUCGCGCCAAAUUGCAGGUUGAUCAGUAGUCCGUUCAGGUUUAUGUGGUAGAUCAGCAGUCCGACGAGUUUAUGUGGAGGGAGAGGUAUGGCAAAACAAGGCAGCAAGCUUUACAAAACAACGUUGCUGACUUAGCAGCGCGAUACCCGAUACCGCAGUAACCACUGACAUUCCUAGCAUUGUCUCACUUCUUGACUCAGUAGAGUUAGGUAGAGUUUGUAGUUUAGUUGAACCGUUCCAGCAUAGCCUAGCUACUUUGUAAUUCUGUAAACUUUGCACAACAAGAAAUAUUCUCAUACUCUAGACUCUGCGUGCGGACAAGAGUGUAAUGUUUCAUAACGUAGGCGUG